AUGGCAGAUGGGUGGACUGAUCGUUGUAGAAGAACUCUUAUCAACUUUUUAGUUUAUUGCCCCAAAGGAACUGUUUUCAUAAAGUCUGUUGAUGCCUCUGGUGCUUCUAAAACUGCAGACACAUUGUUUAAGCUUUUCAAGGAAGUAGUGUUGUAUGUUGGCCCAGAAAACGUUGUUCAAAUCGCUACAGAUAAUGCUGCAAAUUAUAUUGUUGCUGGAAAGUUGUUGGAAAAGGAGUUUCCUAAGUUGUAUUGGUCUCCUUGUGCAACACACUGUAUUAAUUUGAUGCUACAAGACAUGGGGAAAUUAGAGGAAGUAAGUGGGGGCAGUGUCACAUGCUUCAAAAAUUACCAAAUACAUAUAUAA